CAACAGAAUCUGACGUUAACAGUGCGCUUAACAGCGAACAACAACAACAAUGAAUCAAUGUCUGCCUGUUAAUGCAAAAAUGUCUAAGGCGAAGAAGGUUUUGGAUGAAGCGCGUGAGACGCAAAAUCGUGAAUUGGACCUCGUUGACAAGGGCCUGGUGUCCUUCGAGGAGCUGCCAGGACUCUUUAACAUGUCGAAUAUUACACGGCUAACGCUGUCGCACAACAAGAUCAGCGUCAUUAGUCCUGGGAUUGCCAAUUUGCUGAAUCUGGAGAUACUCAACCUGUCCAAUAAUCAACUCAGCGAACUGCCCGUUUCCCUCUCCUCGAUGCCAAAGCUGCGCAUUCUGAAUGUGUCGAUCAAUCGACUGGGAAAUCUGCCGCGCGGCUUUGGCGCCUUUCCCGUGCUCGAAGUGCUCGAUUUGUCGUACAACAAUUUGAACGAACAGCUGCUGCCGGGCAAUUUCUUUGGCAUGGAAACGCUGCGCGCUUUGUAUUUGGGUGACAACGAUUUCGAGUACAUACCCAAGGAGCUCGGCCAGCUGAAGAACCUACAGAUAUUGGGCCUAAGGGACAAUGAUCUGUUGGAGCUGCCACGCGAAGUUGGUGAUCUGCUGCGGCUGCGCGAGCUGCACAUCCAAAACAACCGACUGCAAGUGCUGCCGCCCGAGGUGGCACAGCUCGAUCUGCUCAGCAACAAGUCGGUGAUGAAAAUGGAGGAGAAUCCUUGGGUGAAUCCCAUUGCCGAGCAGUAUCUGUUGGGCAUCAGUCAUGUAAUUGACUAUCUCAAAACUGAUACCUACAAAAUCAUCUAUAAUCGCCACAUGCAGGGCGGAAGAGGCGGGCCACCCCCGCCCAAGGCCGACAAGAGCAAGAAAGCAUCUCGAGUACGUGCAUAGUGGACCAAAUCGGAGGAUCUAUUGUUUGCGGUCGUGAUGCCAGGCUGCCGGAGCAGCCACUUAUGUGUGUGUUUUGUUCUUAACCAAAAAAAAAGUUUUUUGUAUACUAAUUUUUAAGUAUUUGUACUUUAAUAUUUAAUUCUUGUAAUGUGCCUUUAAUGUUUGCUAACAAAUGCGAAUAAAUAAAAAAAAAAGAAAUUUUAA